AGAAGUGCUAAAAUGGUGCAAUAUGUAGAUUACAGGAUGAGGUGUGUACUCCAAGAUGGGCGCGUCUUCAUUGGUACUUUCAAAGCUUUUGACCGGCAUAUGAACCUCAUUCUUAGCGACUGUGAUGAAUUCAGAAGGUUGAAGCCGAAGAACUCCAAACAAGGUGAGAGAGAAGAAAAACGGGUUCUUGGUCUUGUUUUGCUUCGAGGAGAAACACUUGUGACGAUGACUGUGGAAGGGCCUCCUGUGAGAGAGGUUGGCAUUUCCAGAGUUCCAGUUGGUGGUCCUGGUGUUGGUAGAGCAGCAGGGAGAGGCAUGCCACCUGGCAUACCAGUGGUUCAGGUACCUAUGGGACUAGCAGGACCAGUAAGAGGUGUUGGAGGUCCCACACAACAGGAAAUGGCCCCUCAGACUAGAGGACCUGGAGCUGCACCUACUCCUAGCUUUUCUGCUGUCCCUCAACCUUAUGUCCCAAUGAGGAGUACGCCGCCUGUUUUGAACCUUGGUGAUCCAAGGCCAGGUUUAAAAGACAAUGUAGGUGGUAAUCUGGUGAAGAGUCACCUGCUUGUUGCAGAGCCUAGAGGAAAGAUUAUGAUAUCUGUCUGGUGA